GUGUUUCUAUCAGGAAAAAUAUCCAUAUGAUCAAUUUUCACAACCUAGUAAAAAUGUUUCAGAUGGUCAGUGAUACUUCGAUUGCAAUUGCUGUGUGGGUUUUUUAAACAGAGACCUGAAAUUGGUUAAUUAAUGUGUGUAGUGUGGUGUUCAGCUUUAUUUUGAAACUUCUGUUCAGAGCAGAAAGAUAAUGAAAGUAGAUCGGCAGCAGAUAUGCAGUGGUAGUUUUACCGACAGUCUAAAGAUCUAAACACUUAUCUGCCUUCUUUCCAGUGUGUUACCGCCUAUAGACAGGACUUUACUCAAGUUUAGCCAUGAAAUCAUUUAUUUUUGUUUAUUUUGCCUCUUUCCUGGGAAAUGUUGGGACUGUAACAUGGAGCUCGACAGUUCCUGAAGUUCUGCUUUUUCUCUCGUUUUCUGUUCAUCUUUCAUCAGCAGUUACAGUCACACACACUCUGCAGUACCAGUACACUGCUGUCAGAGGAAUAAAUCGCACAGAAUUCACUGCUGUUGGUCUGGUGGAUGGAGAGCAGUUUGUGUUCUAUGACAACAACAUCAAGGAGGCGAUCCCAAAGACAGAGUGGGCACAGAACAUCAGCGCUGAUGAUCCAUAUUACUGGAAGAGAGAGACAAAACGUAUGCGGAAAGAAGAUUACAGACUCACAGUCAGAUUGGGUCUCAUAAUGGAGUGUUUUAAUCAGACUCAAGGAGUUCAUACACUCCAGUGGAUGUUUGGCUGUGAGCUUGAUGAUGACGGCACCCCUACGGUAUAUGAUCAGUUCGGUUAUGAUGCAGAAGAUUUCAUGAAUCUGGAUCUGGAAACUGGAACCUGCACUGCAAUGAAACCUCAAGCUGGAGAACUUAUAAAGGAAUGGGAUCCUACAGAUGCUAAAGCUAAAUACUAUAAGAGCUACCUGGACAAUAAAUGUAUUCAUUGGUUAAAGAAGUUUGUGUCUUACGGCAGAGAGACUCUGGAGAGGAAAGCCGCUUUAUCCUUCUACAGGGUCGCAGGCAAGCUGGAGCCUAUCCCAGCUGACUACGGGCGAAGGCGGGGUACACCCUGGACAAGUCGCCAGGUCAUCACAGGGAUAGACAACAUAUCAAAUGUCAAAAUUCGUCCCGAGGCGUCAGUCUUCCACAAACACUCGCCUUCUCCAGAGGUGGUGUGUCACGCUACAGGUUUCUUCCCCAAAGCCCUGAAUAUCACCUGGCAGAAGGACAGAGAGGACGUGAUUGAGGACGUUGAGCUCAAUGAGACGUUACCCAACCAGGAUGGAAGCUUCCAGAAGAGGAGCACUCUGAAAGUCCCAGCUGAGGAGCUGCAGAAACACAACUACACCUGCGUGGUUCAGCACAGCAGCUUGGAGAAGGAUUUAAUCCUAGAAGUAGCAAAAGGUGGAGGAUCGACUGGUAUCAUCACUGGUGUCCUUGUGGCUCUUGUUGCUGUCGCUGUUGUCUUCUGGAAGAAGAGGAACUCUGGAUUCAAACCUGUUCCCUCCAAACCCUCCUCUGAAGGAAAUUCUUCCUCCAACAACUCUUAAACUGUGUCUGUGUGUCUUCCUGCUGGAGUGAGAGAGUGAGGAGGUGCAGCCAUGCUUCUGCUUCUUCUGGUUUUAAUCACAUUUAGCAGAGUGUAUAAUGCCUUACUGCCACAAACUGGACUGCAGUGUGUAACACAGACAUAUGAUCAUUAUAUCUGUAUUUUAACAAGAGAUGAAGAAAAAUUCUACAAAAACAAAAAGUCCUGUAAUAAUGUUCUGUAGCUCUUAGACACUUUAUCCUGCUCAUAUUCUUCCUUUUUAUUGUGGAAUCCUUUGUAAAUAUUACUCUACUGUAAAUAUUACUGUAAAUAUUACUCUACUAUCCUGUCUUUUGUAAAAACUGUGAAAAGGAUUGAAAUUCUAACAGUUGCUGCUGAACACUUAAAGGAUAUGGGACAUGAAACAUAAAAGCAUGCUAUAUCAGUUUCUUUCCAUUAAAAACAUGAAUUAAUUGCAUCAACAAAUACAAAAUCAUCUAUUAAAUUCAGCAAAAUCGUUAUAUUCGUGAUGAUUAUAUGGCAUUUCUGCUCGACUUCCGAUAUGCAUUUUUUGCAACCGGAAGAGCCGCUGUCACGUGAUCAUACGUCACAAAAACUUUCAGGCACAGCACAAGCGGGUAGAUGAAUGGAGAAGUGGAUGACAAGAAAAUUGUUUUUAUAGUCUUUAAAGUACAUUGGACAUCAUGGUGUAUUGUGCUGCUUAUGGUUGCAAUAAUUCCAAUGGGAAAUGCCCUGGAGUAAGUUUUUUUGUAUUCCCCAAGGACCCGAAGCUGAGGAAAGUGUGGGCUCACCUGCGCAUGCGCAGUAGGCUUCGCGUAUGCGCAGUAGGCUUGGUAGGACAACUUUACAGAACACCUGUUGAAAAAACUUUGCACCUACUGUUUCCCACAAACUGUAUUUGGACCAUUUCACUGAGGAUUUUUCAACAUUAAUACUCAGGUACUGAGUGAUAUUAAUUCAUGAAACAUGAAACAGGAAGCAUAAGGAUGAGGAAAAAAAAAACAGUUCAAAUCGGGAAGCCGCGCACACCUGCGCCAGGCUGCACAAAUGCACGCAGCUUCCCGACUCAAACCGCCUCUCUCUCAUCCUUACACUUCAUGCCUCAUGCUCCAUGAACCAACAUCGCUAUUUUUUUUUAAAUCGGAUCUGCGCGAUUCAGCCGUGAAAAAGGCGGCAUCUGCCGAAAGGCGCGCUGUUUGCAUCCCUGCACGGAGACCAGGGGACAGGGCAGGAAUAUUUUUGUUGAUAUGAGUGAUCCGGUGCGAUUUCGCGACCCCCCUGUUGAAGACCUCUGCGCUAAGCGACUGAAAGCCGAAGUAAGGAUUAGUAUUAUAAUUUUGGGUGUAUCAAUUAUUGAUUAUCAUAAUUCUGACUCGUUUCGCCAUUUUGAAUGUUUUCAUCUCGGACUCUGGAAGCAUUGUAUCUCUAUCAAUCUCGAAAAAUAUCAGCAAAAAAAAAAACUAGCUUGCAACGGACUUUAGCUAGAUCUAUGAUGAACUUUCAAUGUAUGAUACAAAAAUAAUACUUCUUUCAACAGAUCAUUAGCCUUUGAGCAGAAUUGUUUUUAACUUACCAGGAAGUGUUAUCCAGCCGACCGCUUUCAGUUUCAUGAGGGCUGAAUGAACUGUCACUCUCAGAAUCAUCUGACCCGUCAGAGUAAAGACAAGAUCUAUGUUCAUGUGAAUUUCCAGCUAUCGGUUCAAAUUGACAGGGUCUAACUUCACAUCUCUGUGAAACAUCGGGAAUAUCACUGUCGAUGGUGUCCAUUUCGGUAACCUGUUUACAUUAGAUUCCCAAGCGUUGGCUCCUUGGAAAGUUUUUGUGACAUCACGGGUCUCGUGACGACCUAGGUCAUUAACGAAUCCUUGUUUUACGCUGAUGUAUAAAAAAACUUGAAUAAUGUGAUGAUUUUCACAUUUUUGACACCCUGCAGUGAUUUAGAUGGCAUUUCUUAUGUCCUUUAUACAUAAUUAUGCCCAGGUAAAAAUCCAUGUCCCAUAUCCUUUAACUACCUCUGUCACUAAUGUCAUAAAUGUUACGUUGUCAGUCCAUGAAUAAAUCUUUAUUUUUGUGUUA